AUGCUCAAAGAAGCCUGUGAUAACCCGGACGUCUUGUUUGGACUUUCUGAAACAGCACUCGUGUCCUUGAUCUACAGGGAAUUUCCCGACGAGAUUGACCGACUCCGGCGGGCUUACUCCAUUCGCGACCCUCAAGGAACCCCUCUUGGCAGCCCGUCACCUUCACGCAUCCUUUACCAAGAAGACUACGAUGAAGUCAAUCGCACACUUGUAGGGUUCCUUUCCUUGCGUUGGAUACAUAAUGGAGAAUACGAAGUAUUUGUUGGGUCUCAGUCCCCAGAGCUUCAGUUAACCAGAGAAUCAUUUGACUGGAUUCGGGAUUACUACAACCAAACCAUCACCGAUGCAAGAACGCUUUACGCUUUAAUCACCUCCAUCAUUAUCAACGAUCUAGGAAAAGACCCCGAGCUGGCCCUAGAUCACCAGAAAUCAACCGGAGAAGAUAUCUCCGACCUCAACCACGAUCAUAUUCUCCUCAAAGCCUGCGAUUCCGGCCUAGUCCCGUCACUAGACCGACAUUCUGCCCAGGAAAAAGAUGAUUUACUCCUAGGAAUUGAGAUUGGAGCAUUCUUCAACUUUGGACAGCUGGGUCAGGCGGAGAAUGCGCCAGCAGCUUUGACGAGCUUACUUCGGAUGGAAGGACGGCAACGCAGCUUUAAGCUUCGCUUCAUGGAGCAGCUGCUCGAUAUUGCAGGUGCCGCAGGCCAUAUGGACUGGACUUGCGCGAAGAAAUUGAACCAGCCUAUCUUUGAGUCGUAUCGAAAUGUCUUCAAUGCCUGUUAUAGUGUGAUCGAUGGCACGUUGGAUGCCCGCCAAGGAUAUGAUUAUGUCCUCAUCCAACGCGCAGAAUACAUCCAUACCCAAGGCUUUCGAUUGUUGAGAGUGGAAGAUGAUCGAUAUGAACGAGCCUUGAUGAGGCUAUUAUGCAUGGGCAACGUGACAACAAAAGAAAGCGCUGAAAUGUAUGAGUCUGCGUUGAGCUCUCUGCAGCCAGCUACCAAGGAUGCCCUCGUGUAUGCUUUGAAUGUGGACGGCUCAGUGGAUGAGCCCGCAAUUCAGCCGACAUAUACCCCUGCCUUACUCAGUAUGAUCAAGAAACCAACAGAAUUAGUUGCAGUGCUCGACUACCUCGCUCGGGUCAUGAGUGUCAAUGCUCGGGUAGAUUCUUCGGCUGUUAUUGUGGAGCGGAGCGUGCUUGGGAUUCUUAAGCGACAUAUUGAGAGUGAUGAGUUCCACGAGAAUCCCUCGAUUCUGGAAGAAGUUGAUGUGCCAGACGAUGUAGUUGCGCUCACUGUGCAAUGA